ACGAUCCCAGAUUUAGACAAAACAUUGAAAAUUUGUGUCACUGCAAUUGUCAGUACCGUUAGUGGCGUUUUUGCAGCCCUGGUAGUUCUCGUGCUAAUCUUCCUAUUGGGCUUUAUCUAUGCCACAAUUAUGGAACGAUGCUUCAAAAAUACAAGAUCUCCAAAGGCACCAACACCAGCCUGUAUUUCAAAUGUAGCUUGGCUCUGCGGCUUAUUAUCAAUCGUAAUAAUGCUAAUAACUGUUCUAGUAAUCUGCACAACUUUUGGUAGCGCCUUCCUCUUUACUGAAGGUGCUGUUUACUUCAAUCAAUAUUCGGAUGAUCUAAGGAAGGCAGAUCAUAUUUUGAAUGGUCUUAUUCGUGGAAUCUGGCCUGAAAUAGACAUUAUGCAGGAACUAGGACUGCCGCCUCCAAACAAUGUAUUCAAUAUUCUUCUGAAUGAAUGUAAAUUGCCAAAUGUAAGCCUCUUAUCGUUGAUUGGCUGGAAGAACUUUCCUGCAAAACCCGUAUUACUCUUAAAAGAACAGUAUCCAAAUAUGCUCCAACAAUGGAAAAUUUUUAUCUUCCCAAUAUUUGAAAAUUUGCAAAAGACUUUUUCUAAUGAAAGUGAUAUUGCAAAGAUUAGAAUGAGUCUAGCACAGGUAGCUGCGAUUCAAAAGUCCAUAUUGCUUACCCAAGACGAAUUCUCACCAAGGAAACUGGAGCGAACGCAUUUGGAAUCGUUAUCAAAUCAUAUGAAUUCUAUAAAGUCGAUGGUUCCACAGGCUGAAGAUGAAAUUAACAACCUUAAUCAACUGUAUCAAAGAACAAUGGAGAUCAAAUCUUUGAUGGCUAAUAUUACAGAGGCAUCGAAGCAACACCAAACGCUGGAUGAGUUAGAAUUGAUUGCUGGUAGCUUCCUUCAUUGGUUGGAGAAUUUAGCUAAGGAAUUGGAUAAUCCUUCAAAUCUGGAAGCGAUUAUAUCAGAAAUACUUAAGAAGAUAUCCAAUCAAAUUGGGGAUAGUCUCAUAGACGUAACCCAUUCAUACUCUACCCAAUUGGUCUCAUGUUCAACUUUACACAGAACCCUUUCGGGAGUUUUGGAAACUCUUUGUGGAGACCAGGGCCUUUUACAAGAAAUAUUUGCCUGGGGCCUAAUCGUUUUUAUCGAAGCUGCUAUUCUAUUUCUCAUUAUUAUUUUCGUGAUAUUCAGCCUAUACUCACUCAAUGAAACAGUCCCUCCAGAAUCCGUUGCAGAAAUUACUAGAUUUUAA